CGUCUACGCAAGGUCAUCAAACCCCCCACCCGAUCCAACAACUGAUACGAGUUAGGCGGCAUUUAUGGUCCUCGAAAUGAAGCUGAUAAUCGCGUGUGAAUAUGGCGAUGGUACACAUCUGGUAAGAGCACACGUCCGGUUUACCAUCCUUUUCAAGACAUGCAUAAUACAACGGUGGGCGGCUCUUGCGCCCGCACCGUGAUAUUUGAAAGAGCCUUGAAACUAGACGAACGCAAUGGGAGAAUUUUCCUUGGACCUGUGUUCUUGACAAAUGUAUGAGAACAUUGCCGAAGUCAUGUACUGCAUAACCAUGUUUUCGAUCAAAUAUGUUGUUCUCCACCAAGUCAAGUCGAUCUUUUUCACGCACAACCGCAAGAGCCUUUUCCAUCGGGUAAUCACAAUCUUGAUCUGGUUGAACCUGCUGUUAUAUGCUGCCCUCGGCUUGGCAUUUGUUUUCGCGUGCACACCAAGGGAGAAGAUCUACCACCCAAUGAUCGAGGGUCGUUGCAUCUCAGCAGCGAUGGCCAUGUCUGCUGGUGGGGCGCUCAACAUCGCCUCUGACCUUUCAGUUCUGGUCAUCCCACUCUUUGGAAUCUCGAAAUUGCAGACGCCGCUCAAGAAAAAGCUGUUAGCUGGGUCGGUUUUUGCGGUUGGUAUAUUGUAUGCGCUUUCUCCCGCCCAUUCACCAAGGUUAUGGGAGAGCAAAACUAAAUGGGUCCUUGGCGCUACGGCCGCCGCCACGAUUCGAUUUUACUACGGCCUUCAGCUGUUCUACACUGAAGAUACGACAUGGGGAUUCAUGCCCAUUGGUAAUUGGACGACCAUUGAGUUUAUGAUGGGAUUUAUCGUCGCCGGCGCGCCUUAUGUUCCGCGGUUCGUGGAGAAGCUGCUGGGGCGCAAAAAGGAGACGCCUGUCUAUGCGUCCUACAAAAUCUCCUCCCUUGGAACCAAGAACCACAAGCCAAUGGACCGCCCCGAUGCUAGUUGGACAGCCCUCGGAGAGCAGGAGGGCAUGCCCUUUGACGGUGCGAUGAGAAGUCAAGCAACCGGCGAGCGCUUGUGAUUCUGUUUAAGAUAUCAGUUUGUAAAUUCAUGAAUACAUAAUCAAAAC